AUGACUGCGACGGAAAAAAUACACGAGACAAAACCAAGAUUCAGGGUUCUCAUCAGCGGCGGUGGCGUGGCAGGUCUCACAUUAGCCAACGCCCUUCAACAUGCCCGGAUCAAUUACCUCUUGCUUGAGGCAAGAUCAAAUAUCGCUCCGCAACUCGGCGCGUCAAUAGGCCUGGGCCCUAACGGGAGCCGCAUCCUAGACCAGCUGGGGUGUUAUGAUGAGAUCAUGGCAUUGACGCAACCAAUUCAUUAUACUGGGAGCCACUAUGGCAACACUGGCGAUUACAUUCGGCCAAAAACCGACGCAUUCCAGCUGGUGCAGGCACGGUCAAAUUAUUGCAUGUGCUUUCUUGACCGGCAAUCUAUCCUCGCUGUCCUAGCAAAGCGUAUUAUAGACAAGAGGGUAUUGCUUAAUAAAAAGAUCACCGUGGUAGACCACUAUAAACAUGGAGUAAGGGUCACAUGCCAGGAUGGGACAUGCUACGAAGGCGACGUUCUCGUUGGGGCAGACGGAAAUUACAGCAUCACGAGGCGGGAAAUGUGGCGGGCUGCCGAUCAAGAGUCGCCGGGAACGAUUCCAGAAUCUGAAAAGCACAAAAUGUCUGCCGAAUACAAGUGUAUGUUUGGCAUCUCGGCUCCCAUACCGGAGCUGACUCCGCGGUCCUUUGACGUCACCUACAACAAAGACAUGUCUCCCAUUGUCAUUGUUGGCAAACACGGACGCGUAUACUGGUUCUUGAUCGCGCGGAUGCCGCAGGUCUUCAAAGCAGGAAACAUCCCCCGAUUCUCCGACGAAGAAGCACGAGCCUUUGCGGAGGAACAUCUGGACCAGCCUCUGAUGCCGGGCGCACUUGUCAAAGUAAGAGACUUGUGGGAGAGACGCGAGGCGUACAACAUGGUGGCCCUGGAGGAAGCCUACUACGACCACUGGACAUAUGGAAACUUUGCUCUUGUCGGCGACAGCGCCCACAAGAUGACUCCGAAUAUGGGGUCUGGGGGCAACUCAGCCAUCGAAAGCGCCGCCGCCCUGGCCAACUCCCUGGUACAAACCCUCGACGGGUGUAAAGGCACUCGCCCGACCCGUGACGAGAUUCAGAGUGCCCUCCAGAGGUACCAGAACGCGAGGAGACUGAGGGCAUCUCGCACCGUCAUUGCCUCCAACCUCGUCACAAGACUCCAUGCCGUCAAGGACUACUUGCAUCACUUCGCCGCCCAUCACAUCUUGCCAAACGCCGGCGAUCUACUUGUCGACCUGGCCUCUGAGAACUGGAUCGGUGCCGUCAAGCUCGAGUACAUGGCAGUUCCAAAACGAUCUCUGGCGGGCACGAUGCCCUUUAACCCCCAGCAGGGGAUGGGCAACAACGAGAACAUCCUCUUCCGAGCGCUGGCUGCCUUGCCCCUGCUUUUCCCCGUGGCCCUGCGCUACUGUCUUCCCCUCUACACACCCAAAACACUCUUGCCAUGGCAGAAGUUGCUCGACGAGUCGUUUGAUGUGCCAUGUUUGAACGUCGAGGUGGCGGAUUUCGGCACGGUAUAUGCCGUGAUAUUGAUCGAGGCCGCUCGACGUGCCAACCUCAUGACGCCUCUCGCGUUGCCAUUAUUGUUUGGAAUGGGCUGCCAGCUUGCCCCCGCGGAGACGUUCUUGUCCCUGUACUUUUUCACAUAUGCCGCUCUUGUGCCCAUAUCCCGGUUCAAAGCAGGCGACCUCCGGCUUACGGAUCUGAGCUACACACGCUCGGUCCUCCCUGCCACCUUGCUAUGCUAUUAUCUUCCAUACAUCCUAUCGAUAUCGGGUCCCAGCCGGGAAAUUCGACAAGCUUCCAUCUGGGCGUUCCGCUUGUCGCCCCUCCUGACCAGUCUCGCGCAGCGAAUGGCGAGCAAGUUCAUCUUCCCGUCAACGAUCCAGCAAGAUCGUCUGACCAAUGUACGACGUGACAUGGGAACUAUUCGGCUUGGAAUCGGAGGCCUGGCUCUCUUGUCUGCCUCAUCGUGGCUGCGUCUUUUUCGCCACACUCCCUCCUUGAUGAGCGGCAAUUUGGCAUCGAGUAGCCACGCCUGGUUCGCGGGUGUAUCUAUUCUCUGGAUUACAUAUCUGUACAAUGACCUCAAGGGGGCGGGCAUGGUGCGGCAUGGCUGGCUGUCAAUAGUAUCAGCACUCGCCGUUUCUACCUGUUCCGUUGGCCCGGGGGCUACUGUGGCCAUGGCAUGGCUCUAUCGCGAACAUGUCCUGGCCACCAAAAGGCACAAGGGCGCUAUAGUCUGA